GGGGGGGGGGGGGGGAGGGAGACAUAUAUGGCCAAUUCUGUUGACCAUGUAGUAGUCGUUUAUUAUUUGACAUGUGCGUGAGAGCUUUAUUCUCUUCCUCACAAACAGCCAGUCAGCUCCUAUCUGUCGUGGCCGAGAAGCGGCGGACAAAAACAACAUGGAAGACGAGUCAUUGACUGUCAGCAGCGAAUCCAGCAGCAUAUCCAGCCCAGGCCUCCUUGGUCCGCAUCUCACAUCGUCGCCGAACGGGGGAAGUCCGGAGAGCGAGGGCCACUGGUCGGGGGGAACGUCCAUUGAUGAUCCUCCGUUGCCGCACCAGCAAGAAAGGCGUGAAGUCGACGGUGCCCUCGUCCAGUUUCUCAUUGAUUAUGCCGCCCACGACGCCGAGUGUGCGCCCUUGUUCAAGGCGUACCUCGAGGAGGUGGUGCUCAAGCCAGGGGCCGAAGACCUCAGGCGCCAGGUCGAGUAUCACCUCCGCAAUCCCGAGAUCAGGAAUUACAAUCUUGGGGAAACGUUCCUCCGCGAGCUCCGGCAAUACACAAUAUAUGAUCAACUGUACCCGGAAAGCAACUUGGACGGUACCUUGCCGAGUGUCCCCAUCCCGAAGCAGUUUCAGCCAAGAAGGCAAACCAGUCUGGGACAGACCAUUGUUGAUCUCGAUGAACUGGACUCCCCCGGAAGAGACGAGGACGAGGACUGGGCGGCGGAGGAAGAAAGGGCGAGCAACCAAGUGCGGCCAUCUGGUGCGGCUCGCCCGCGGAGCACCGACGCACUACUCCGGAGACUACAAUCCAUCCGACUCCUGCCUCGGACAGAAGACGCGGCGACGAUAGACACAGGCCAGAAUGGACCCGACUGGCACCUCGACUCCUGGUACCGCGACAGGCUGGAACCGCCGCUCGCAGCCCGGCUCGACACGAUCGUCAAGUUCCUCGCCGACGAGGACGUGGACCGGUGCAUGGGCUGGGUGGCCAAGUUCGAAGAGGUCGUGUCGUACCUGGAAUGGCUUGCUUUCGACAACGGGCAUCUCCAGCUGCAGGACGCCAGCCCACAGACACGUGCCAUGUUCAACGACGCCGUGACCAAGGCCAGGGCCCAUGCGCUGUUCGAGAGACACCACUACGCCCCGACGCCCCUGGAGAUCACCAGACCGUUCAAGACACCCCUGAAGCCGACCCGGCUCAGCUGGAUGGUCGACACGCAAGACUGGCCUCUCCCGUCGCACAACCCCGUCCCCGACCGGAGCCACCUCCUGCCCAGAUCCAUCCCGCCGCGGCCCCCGAGCCCCGUAAACAGGAUGCUGCUCGACAACCCCGACGACGGCCCGAUCUUUGACCAGUUCGUCGAGGACGAGAAGAGGUGGUGGCAGCGCACAUCCGGCGGCGACGACGACGACGACAUCCCCUCGGACGCGGAGGACGAUGCGGAGCGGAACAACCUGGCUUACAUCGAAUCCGCCGCUUUCCAUGGUUCCGCAGAGAACAGCAACAACGACCCUCCAAGCCCCCGAAGAGAAUGGGCCACAGACCGCGGAACCCGUCGCGCAGCUCUUCAGCACGCCCUCCGCUCCUACGCAACCACCAUCACCGCCACAAACAGCACCACAACACCACACCGCCGCCUCAUCCUCCCCUUCCCCGCCUCCGCACUCCUCCGCGCAUGCAAACGCAUCGACGGCCCGCAGUGGACGCCACCACGGAUCACGCUCACGCCGGAGCAGAUCUCUCAGCUGGACACGAUGCGGCACACGCUCGCCUACCACGCCCGCCUAGCACACAUCAAGCGGAUGCGCGCCCUGGCGCGGCUGCGCGUCGAGGGCGAGGACGGUACUACGGGCUCUGCAGUGGCGGUGCUGCUGCCGCGGAAUUUCGUCAACGGCGGGCCGUUUGUGUGGCGCAUGCUGGAUGCGGACGCGCAACGGUGGGCCGAUCUGCUGGGGCGGUGCCGCGUCGUGGGGGUAUUGCUGACACUCGCCGAGAAGAGGGUGCCGAGGGCGUUGUUGGGGAAAGUGCUGGAGAUGGUGGAACGGGGGAAGAAGGCUGCGGAGGAAACUGAGGAUGGGCGGGUGGAAGUGCCGCAGGAGGUGAAGCUGGCGCGGGAUGAGUGGGUAAGAAGACCGGGAAGUGAUGAUGACGAAGACAAUAAUGAUGAGAUGGAAACGGCGAUGGUGGUGCCGAGACCUAUGGACCCAGACGAGCUGCAGUGGCUCCGGUUCCUGGCCACGGGGCAGUGUGUCAACCGCAAGAAUUGGACGGGGCGGUUCGUGCCGGACACGCCGAGGGAGAAGUACAAGCUCUUCCGCAUCUUUGCCACGAGGGUGCAGAGGCUGCUGGACGAUGCGAACCCGGAGGGCUUGUUCAGCCGGCACGACGCCGAGGUGACGGUCGAGGAGCUGCUGGCGGCCAUCAACGCCGGGGCCGGCAAGGAAGGCGAUACUGGUGGUGGUCGUUUUGCGGUCACCAGGUGCGCGUUCGUGCCGUCCGACGCUUGCUGCUGGCUGGAUAGGAUGAGGAAGAGCGGGCACGUGCGCUUCCGCCUCGACCUCGAAUGCUACGGCGUCGUGCGGCGGCCACGGGUCGACUUCUUCCCCGAGCAUCGCGUGCUCUGGCCCGCCGCAGCAGACACCCGCGAGCGGCCCUCCUACGCGCUGGGCUAUGUCGCGGACUGGAGCAGCAUCCUCGGGGACGACGGCCGCGCCCCUCCGGAUGUCGACGAAGGCAGCGCCAUCUGGAACUUCUUCGCCUCGCUGGGCUUCCGCCUGGGCUACACCAUCUCCAUGCUCGAGCAGGAGCAACAGGAAGCCGCUACACCGGUCCGGUACCGACACCUCCGCGAGGCCAAGCAGCGAUGGGAAGACGCAUGCGCCGCCCAGGUCCAGGACACGGCCGAGCCGACGCCUUCCGAGCUCGCCCUCAUCCGCAGCAACAUCAUCUCGGAACUCUCGGCCAACGAGACCAUGCUCUUCCCGGCGCGCGAGCGGCCCUACUUCGACGGCCAGGGCCGCCGCCAGACCACGCGGGUGCGCGACCACAACUGGGACUGGGCCAAGAUCAAGACCAAGGCCAAGAAGAGACGGCAGGGGCAGCAGCAGCGGCGGCAGUACUGGUCCAUCAACCGCUGGCCGCUCGCGACAGGCCACCUGACGGCCGACGCCGAGCGCGCCGUCCGGUCCGACGCACACGUCGACCCGGCGCUGACCUACGACCCGGCCGCGCAGGACCUGACGGUGGACCGGAAAUACACGCGGCCCAAGAUGAAGCCGUACGCGGUCGAGAAGGUGCUGUACCGGCCCGGGCCAGCCGUGUAUCCCGUGGGCGACACGCGCCUGCAGCGCCAGGUGAUUCAGGACGGCGUUACCGGGAUGGUGGCGAGGGCCAUCGGCGACCUCGACAACACAGAAGAAGAAGACCAGGAGGAACAGGGCACCUGGGGAGGCGCCCUAGCGAGGCUGAACCCCUUCUCGCGUCCGUCGUCAACGGCUGCGGUCAGGGAAGGGGACGACAACAACGACGACGGCGAUGCCAGGCUGCCUGCUGUUCGUCUGGAGUCCGUCCCCAGGAGUUGGGACCCGUGGGAGGCCGAACGGCGGGAGGAUGACGAGAUGGCCGCGGAUGGUUCGACUGAUGACGAUGAUGAUGAUGAUGACGACGACGAGGAGGUUGGGGUUGCCAGUGUGGGAUCUGUAGAUGUCUUGAUGACCGGGAUGGAAGAGCCGUGGUGACGCUGCGGGUUGUGCUGGGUUUGUUCCGGCGCCAACAUGGAG